AUUCACCUGAAUCGCGAAUCGUUACACUAAAGACGUUUCUUUGCAUUCCAACAUGGCAACAAUGUCAGGCGAGCCACAAGACACAGAGUGCCCGGUGUGUCACGAUAGCUUUGUGCAGCCCAAGAUUUUACCCUGUGACCAUCUCUUAUGCUGGAAAUGCAUUGUGGCUAUGAUAAAAAUCAAACGGGUACAUUGUCCUUUUUGUAGAAAUGCCAUUUGUACACCACAAUCACUGGCAGGUGAAAGUCCAGAAGUAUUUGCCGACUCUCUGCCCACAGACCUUGCCAUGCACAGAUUGGCGUGGAGCGUUAAAACACUGUCAACGGAAACCACGUGUCGUGUGUGUGACGGUGUCACGGCAGAGUCUAUAUGCCUACAGUGCAAUGACUUGUUUUGCUCGUCGUGCACCAAUGUCCAUAAAAAAAUGUCGAUAAGCCAAAGUCACGAUGUGGUGAGUCUCAGCACUGUAACAGCUGAACGUCUUGCUGCCAGUGUCACUUUAAAGUGUUGUCAGCACGGACAUAUAUUGUCCUUUUAUUGUAUCAACCACUCAAACCCUGUCUGUGCAGUCUGUGCUGCCACAGAUCAUAAAACCUGUUCUCAUGGUAACAGACCUUACAAGCCAAAGUAAGUCAGAUGAAGACGAGGUUAAAGGUCUUGCAAACACCUUGACUGACGUGGAGAGAAAGAUGGAACAGAAUAUACAGGAACUUGACAUUCGUCUGAAGGUAAUCGAUUCCUGCCAGAAUCUGUGUGUCUCUCUGGUUACGAUUUGUAACGAGCAAAAGAAAUUAUUAACAUCACUUAAUUGUAAGAGACUCAUGAAGUCUAUGGCAGACGCAAAAAAAAAAUUUCGCGAGCGACUGGCCAGAGUUAAAUUACUUAGAAGAAUCGUGUCACGUACGGUAGUAGCGUGUCCGCCACCUUGGAUGAUGAGGGCCAAGAGAUAUCUUCAAAACAGAGUCAAGACUUUAGAUUUAAGCACCUCUUUGCCAGCAGACGUUGAACGGACAUCCCUACCACAAAUAAAGGACUUCAACAACCUUGUCCGCAGGAUAAGGAGCGAGUUGAGACAGCAGGAGCAGCGACAGAAGAAGCCUGAGGAACCGAAAUUCACUUUCCACACCAACAGAGGCUACAACGUGAAUCUGGAGAUGAACGGACAGUCGGCUGAGUGUCAAAGUACUGAUGGGUGUCGUGGUAUCCAGUGACCCUCUACAGACCAAUUUUCUAUACGAG